AUGUUUAGGACCGUCAUUUCUGAUGCAGAUGCUUCAAGUGCAAACCAGAAACUCAUACGAUGCUGUCAUGGGGACCCACAAAUCGACAAAGGUUGCGCCGAGAAGUACUGUCGAAUUCCGGCUAUAAAUCCUCAGAAGGCGCAACGGCGUCCAAUUGCGCGCGUUGAAUGGCCUAGUUCACAGUUUAACUGGCUGAAUAAUGUGGUGCCCUUCAUAGCAGAAUGUGCCCCUAAAGGGAAUACCGUCGCACGGGUGUGGGACUGCCUCUCAUCUCGUCACGAACACACUAACUGCUGUCGGAAACAGGGCGUGAUACCACUCUGUAUGCCAUACUGUAAGGCAGACGGACCAGUGCCAACGAAUAUGCUGACAUACGGUAUCUGCAUUGGCGAGUUCGAGAAAUAUCGCGUUUGCUUUCGUACUUAUCUCAAACAUCACCGUUCUAUCAGAGGAGAUGAGUAG